AUGGAUGUUUCCCUCUGGUCUUCUCUGCUGUUGUCCUUCCUGCUUAUUGCGUCUGUGUGGAUGAAGGAAGCAGCUGGCACAUGCAUCAUGCCUGAUAAAGAUCGAAUAGAUCUCUCCGACCAAAAUCUUACCAGCAUGCCUUCAAACCUGCCAAGAAACACCCAGGAUUUGGAUCUCUCCUUCAACACCAUCUCCACACUCACGUCAACAGACCUGGCCAGCUUGUCAGCCUUAUGCAUCUUUAAAAUGUCCAAUUGUGGCCUGAUCUCGAUCUCGCCGGCAGCAUUCCAAGGAAACCUUCACCUGCAGGAAUUGGACCUCUCCUUCAACAUGCUCUCCGCGAUCCCUGAAAUACAAGGACUGCCCAAACUCAGAAUUUUUGACCUUUCUGAAAAUCUCUAUGAAUCUUUCGCCUUGGGCCAGUCCUUUCAACAUCUACAGAGUCUCUCUUCCCUUUCUCUGGGGGGCCGACAAGUGUCACGGAUGAACAAGUUCGACUUGAAACCUCUCACACGUUCCCCACUGCGGGAGCUAGCUCUUCAAGCUGGGAAUGACCUUACGCAUUUCAACACAGACUUUCUGGAGACUUUGGAUCUGAGUUUCAACCCCAUCGAGCUGCCUGACCAUACAAAGGUGAUUUGGCCCUCGCACCUGAAAAACCUCUCAUUGAGUGGGAACCUCCUUGGGAAUCACCUGUUUGAUCAUCUCUCUCCACACUUUGUCAGCCUCAAUCUGACCCACACGGAUAUCACAAGUGUGAACACAGAUGCUCUCCAGCCCAUGAAGGACCUCAAGCAGCUCCACAUGGGCUCCAACGCAAUUCGAGAACUUCCCCCUGACCUCAUGUUACCGGCCCUAGAGGAGCUGCAUGUGGACCGCAACAGUAUCAGCACAUUCAAGCUUGAGACUUUCAGAGGACUGCCGAAGCUGGAGAAACUUAAUGGUGCAAACAAUCCAUUUGUUUGUGACUGUAACCUCUACUGGUUUGUGCGUGACUUUAAUAAAACAUUGCUGGUGGAUUGGCCAGCGGCGUAUAACUGCUACUCCCCCACCCACCUCAGCGGAACACUGCUCAAGGAUUUUCAUCCCAGUCAAGUGGCUUGUGACCCACUGAGCAUGUUUGCCAUUUGUUUUACAGUAGUCUUGUUGGUGUUGAUUUCUUGUGGAAUUGUGUUUCAUUUCAUGGAUGGAGCCUGGUAUGUGAAGAUGCUAUGGAUCUGGCUGAGAGUUAAACAGAGGAGUCGGAAUAAAGACAGGCGUCUGGAAAGUUCCACUUUCAAUUAUCACGCCUUCAUAUCCUAUAGUGUAAAAGAUGCACAGUGGGUUCAGUCUGAAUUGGCGCCCCAUCUGGAGGCUUCAAAUUUCCAACUGUGCCUCCAUGAGCGAGAUUUUGUCCCAGGCGAAUGGGUCAUUGACAACAUCAUCAACUGUGUGGAGAGCAGCUACAAGACAGUGUUUAUACUGUCACAGAGCUUCGUCCACAGCGAAUGGUGCAACUACGAGCUGUUCUUUGCACAGCACCGGGCCAUCGGUGUUCAAAGGGACUCCCUAGUGUUGAUUCUGCUGGAGCCCAUCCCGCCAGACUCUCUUUCCAGAAAGUUCCUGCGCUUGCGAUCCUUGCUCAGGCAACAGACUUACUUGCCGUGGCCCCAAGAGGAGCCUAAACGGCAGCUGUUCUGGGCCAGUUUGACAGCCAUGUUGAGGACUGGAGAUAAGACUGUGGUUGCAGACAAGAGUGCAGUUUUGCAGCAAGUGGCAGGAGACAUAGCAGAUCUAGUGUCAGUGUUGGCUGAC